UUAAAUAAUUUUAUUGCAGUUGUAACUGGAGGCACUGAUGGCAUUGGUAAAGCAUAUGCUCGAGAAUUAGCCCGGCAUGGUUUGGAUAUUAUCAUCAUAAGUAGAAACAGAGAUAAACUAGAAAGAACAGCUAGGGAUAUAGAAAAGGAUUUCAAUGUCCAAACCUUCAUCAUACAAGCUGAUUUUUCUCGGGGUCGAGAAAUAUAUAACCAUAUUUCUGAGCAGCUGGGUAAAGAAAUUGGCAUUCUAAUCAAUAACGUUGGUGUCAUGUAUGAAUAUCCUGAAUGCUUCAUGAAUGUUCCUGAACAGAAAUUAUGGGACCAUAUAAAUAUCAAUGUUGCUUCAGUGACUAUGAUGAGUUAUAUUGUUAUUCCUCAGAUGGUUAAAAGGCAGAAAGGCGUAAUUGUAAAUAUGUCAUCUAUAUCAGCUUUUAAUCCUUUGCCUCUGAUGGCAGUUUAUUCUGCAUCAAAGGUGUUUGUAGACUGGUUUUCAAGAGCUCUAGCCUAUGAAUACAAAGAUCAGGGUAUAAUCGUUCAGAGCUUAAUACCGUCAUAUAUAGCUACAAACUUGGUCAAAUUCAGUAGUUUUCUGCAACGUCCUAGUUUCAUUGUUCCCGAUCCUGAGCGAUUUGUUAAAAGUGCCAUUCAGACGAUAGGAGUUUCUAAUCGAACGACCGGAUUUUGGUCUCAUGGAAUUCAGUACUGGAUGUAUGAGCUCAUUCCAGUGUCAGUGUGGCUGAGGAUUUCUUGGUUAAUGCAGAAAACCAUCGAUAACCAUCAUCGUUUAGAAAAACAGAGCUAGACUUUAAAACUUCAGUAACUUUUUCACCAUUUUUUUCUUAAUUUGUGUUUUUCGACUUUUUGCAUUUACUCUUCUGUGAUAUUAAUCAUAAAAAAGUACUUAAUUUCCUGUACAUCUUUUUGAAUAUGUUGUAAGUUAAUAUUUUGCAUUUUAUCAUGUGUUAACAUUGUCCAUUUGGGUUCUUUGGUAUAAUUACAAAUAAAUGUGGCAAUAAA